AUGGCUUACAACUCGGCCAAGCUAAAACGGUCGUUGACCAAGAGGCUUUCCGGUUUAUACAUCAUGAUUUUAACCGCGACCUACAAGGAGGAGGAAGAGCGGUGCCUGCAACUGCUAGGAGAGCAGGAGCCGAGAGAGGAGGAAGACGACGACACCGGGCAAGACAAAUUCGGAACGGCCGACGACGUGGGCUCUAUCCUGGAUUUGUAG